AUGAUCAUCCGCGCCGUUAGCGACAGCGAGAGCGACGACGAGCUACACGCGUCCUCAUCGGCGCCUCGCCACUCCGUGUUCGACCCACCAGCCACUAGCGACUCCUCUGUCAGCGGCAGCGCUGCUCGCGUUGCGUGGUUCGCAGCGUGCGGGGCGCUGGUGCUGCUGCUUCUAGUGGACUUGGCGGCCGUCUUGGGCUCGUCCAACCCGUCGGUGGACACGUUCGCGCUGCUGCCUGUGCUGGUCACGACAGUGCUGUACCGAGAGACCAUCAUUCUGCCUCCCACGGCCACGCUGCUCAACCAACUCGUGGGCUUCGCGCUCGUCAGCGCGUGGAUCUACUCGAGAGAGAAGAGUCUGGCGGCUGGACACACAUCGCAGUGGCUACGCAGCGCUCGCUACGGGCCCUGGACAAUAGUGGUGCUGCUGUGUCUGGGCCACGCGGUGUCGUGUCUCUACUUACUAUUCGCUCUGCUGGAGAGCAACGGAGACCGCGCCAAGUUCUGGCUCGGGCGCAAGCAUUCCGGCGCCAAAACUGCGCCGUAUGGACGGGCUUAG